GGCCUGCGAAAUCGAGCCAUCGCCUCCCACAACAUGAAUGAAUACUCGUCUCGCAGCCACACCAUUCUCUCGGUCAACAUCACGUCUGAGAAAAAGGCCGACGACGGCGUGUACAUCACCCGCAACGGCAAGAUCAACUUCGUGGACCUCGCCGGCUCGGAGAUGACCAAGAAGACCAACUCGGAGGGGAAGACGCUCGAGGAGGCCAACAACAUCAACAAGUCCCUCAUGGUGCUAGGUACAUGCAUCGCUGCCCUGUCGGAUUCCCGGAAACGUGACGGACACAUUCCUUAUCGAGAUUCCAACUUGACGAAACUCCUCGCCGACAGCCUCGCGGGAAGCGGGGUCACGCUUAUGAUCGCCUGUGCGUCGCCAGCCAGAAGUAAUGUCAGCGAAACGAUUAAUACUCUCCGCUAUGCUUCGCGCGCUAAGAGAAUUCGAACCAAGCCGCUUAUUAUCAUGGACCCGAAGGAGAAGGUGAUCCUGAGCCUCCAGCGCGAAGUGAGUCUGCUGCGAGAGGAGAACGCCCACCUCAAGAUGCUGCUCGAUCUCGCCGACGUCCAGGAAGGCAACCAAGGAGAGGCCCUUCCGAAGCUCGACCGAGCCAAGAUAGUCAAUGGGAAUGACACAGCAACCAUGGUGGAGGAGGAUGGUUCGAGAAUGGAACCCCCACCGAUGCCCUCUCGCCAAGGAUCCUUCAGAGUUGACAAGGACAAACUAACGACACUCAACAACCAGGAGCUGAUCAAUCUCGUCCAACACUACAUGGCUGAACACGAGACGGUCAGGAAGGAAAACAAGGAGCUCGAAGAUGCAAUGGCAACCCUUGUGCGUGACCAGGACCUCGUGUGCAAGGAAAAUGAGCGCCUGCUAAAGAAAUUGCAAGAACUUUCGAGUGGAACGAGUUCUGAUUCUAAAGAGGAAAAGGACAUGACCCCCCGCCCCCCCACGCAGCGUGUCACAACGGCCGGCGAGGCUCUAGACUCGGCGGGCAGGGCGCACUCCCUCCCCACGUCCCCCUCCUCGCAGGUGUGGGUCAACCCGCUCAAUGACACCAGCCGAAGGAGGGAAUCGCCGGGCACGAGUCGCUCCACCCCGGGCACGAGUAGGUCGACGCCGGGCAGCAGAGGGCGCAGCGUGCCCGAUGGCAAGGGCUCGCCAAGGAAGGGCAACCGCCUCCCGGAUUCCAUCAACAAGGAGCUCGAGAGGAGAAGAAUCGGGAAGAGCAUGAACGACCUCAGCGCCUCUGGCGGGAGCAGCGGAGGCCGGAGGAACAGCUGGGACGGCGAAGACACCUCGGGGCUGCCAUCUGUGAGGCGGCCGCCGGUCAAGAGCAAGAGCAUGUCCCCGGGGCUCAACACCACGAAGAGGUCCAGGAUCCCAGUUCUAAAUUACCGUGAACUCUCGUGGCCAUGAAAGAGUGUCUAAAAAGAGCAAAUAGUGUAUUAAACAAACUCCGCAAAGAAAAAAAAACAAAAAACAAUGUAUACAGAGACUACAGUGGUCUUCCCAGUCAUACAUCAUAGACACCAAUCCAACAGUUUCGUUUUCAGAAAAAUAAUUAUAAAUAACACUUGUAGGGAGCUUCUCGUCACCAAAAUUCUUUCUUCAGUAGUUAGAAACUUCCAGAUUCCCAUUUUUCUUAAAGAACACCAAAAACACUAAAAUCAAAUCCAAUGUCAGAAUACAAACGACAUCUUGUGCAUCAUAUUAUGUAGACUAGAAGAAAACGAGAUGCCGAUAAAGUAGACCACAAGGGGUUACUACGCUAGUUUGUCGUCCCUUCAGUAAAGUCGACCUCGUCAGGUUGUUGAGAAAACACAUGACAACCAGAACACUUAAGAUUAUAGAGAGUCACAAAAAAAGCAGGAAAGUACUUAGCUUUGUGGCAGAGGACUAUCACCUUACGUCAUUCUGGAUCACUCCUCCCAAGACUUAUCGCCCCAAUCCGAAGUUGAGAUGCUGACCCUUAGUCCACGGGUUCGCAUUCCUUCCUCGAAAGUCACUUGAUUACCCAGGACCCUUCUAAGAGUAGGGGAAAGCGCUCUACUGUGGCCAAGUGUGUCACGGUUAUUUUAUUGGUGUCAUGGAUCUAUGUUUGUAUCCUGAGACAAAAAAAAAAAAAAAAAAAUAGUAAAAUGGGCAACUCUUAGGGUCUCAUAUCUCAGUUUAUGUGAAAUAUUCACCCUAUAAAUAUGAAGAUGUUAGUGUAGGUGUUGUGCAUAUGGAUCUAGUCAGUUCUUUCAAUGGUGCUGUAGAGAAAUGCAGGUGUGAUGUUUAUAAAUACAAGCAUCUGUAUCAAUACAGUUUUACCAGGAAGAGUACCAUUUACUGUGCAUUAUGUAUAUUUUAUCCCGUCCAAAAGUGAAUUGCACAGGCUCUUGUGGCAGUUUAUUUUCUAACAAAAAUAUUUGCUGCAGAAGGAACACUAAAAGACAAUACAAGUAUUUAUAGCACAAAUUAUCUGACAAUCUUUAAAAUCAGGGCAAAUUAUAUUGUUUUAGAAAUCAAAUAAUAAAUGUACUUAUCUUGCACACAUUGUUUCAUGGAUAGUUUAGUCCAUGGGUAUUUGUUCAGUAACAAAAAAAAAGAAAAAAAAAAAAAAAAUGAUGCAAGAUAGAUAAGCAUUAUUGUUAAUACUUUUCCUGUGAACUUACAACCAAAGUAGAAGAUCAUAAGUCAUGAAAAACUAAUGAAACAUAUAAUUUUCCCCACAUGAUUUUACUUUCCUUGAACUUUGAAAUUCUUGCGGCACAUUUAUGCUGCCCUGUGAUAUUGCAAAUACAUUCAUUUAAAGGAAUUCUGUAUUUUGUUUAAAAUAAACAUCAAAAAUUA